UAAGAGUGAUUUGAUUUGUACUUAAAAACUUUGGUUUUUGUGUUAAAUCCUCUGACACGACCUUUUUCGGGAGGAUGUUUUCUCUUCAGUAAUGUCUCUAAUGCAAAUCCAAUUAUUUCGCGCUCUUUCAUGGCUAACUCAGCAGCAACAUACAUCCUUUAAUGGACUCAAACGAAGAUUCAUCACAAACAAUGCAUCAACUUUUCACUCUUCGAAGAGAACUACUCAAACCCAAAUCGAGAAAUCGCAGAGCAAACUUCCCUCUAAAUCUGGAGACUCGGAUAUUAAGGAGUGGAACGUAGCUAUAAGCAGCUACAUGCGUACUGGAAGGUGCAGCGAAGCGCUUCGUGUCUUUAAGCGCAUGCCCAGGUGGAGCUCCGUUUCUUAUAACGCCAUGAUCUCUGGGUACUUGAGAAAUGGUGAGUUUGAACUCGCCCGGAUGUUGUUCGAUGAAAUGCCUGAACGGGAUUUAGUUUCUUGGAAUGUGAUGAUCAAAGGGUAUGUACGGAACAGGAAUCUUGGGAUAGCUAGGGAAUUGUUUGAGAGAAUGCCUGAGAGGGAUGUUUGUUCGUGGAAUACGAUGCUGUCGGGAUACGCUCAGAACGGGUGUGUUGAUGAUGCAAGGAGGAUCUUUGAUCGAAUGCCUGAGAAAAAUGAAGUGUCGUGGAAUGCAUUGCUCUCAGCAUAUGUUCAGAACAAUAAGUUGGAGGAGGCUUGUGCAUUGUUUGGGUCUAGGGAAAAUUGGGCAUUAGUUUCAUGGAACUGCUUGCUUGGUGGGUUUGUUAAGAAGAAAAAGAUUGUCGAGGCAAGACAAUUUUUUGAUAGUAUGAAGGUGAGGGAUGUGGUCUCUUGGAAUACGAUCAUUACUGGUUAUGCACAGAACGGGAAAAUAGAUGAGGCACGACAACUUUUUGAUGAGUCUCCUGUUCAAGACGUCUUUACAUGGACAGCUAUGGUGUCAGGAUAUAUACAAAACCGAAUGGUGGAAGAAGCGAGAGAAUUAUUCGACAACAUGCCAGAGAGAAACGAAGUGUCAUGGAAUGCCAUGCUUGCGGGAUAUGUGCAGGGGGAGAGAAUGGAGAUGGCAAAGGAAUUGUUUGAUGUUAUGCCUUGUAGGAAUGUUAGUACAUGGAACACGAUGAUAACUGGAUUUUCUCAGUGCGGAAAAAUUUCUGAAGCUAAGAACCUUUUUGAUAAAAUGCCUAUGAGAGAUCCGGUCUCUUGGGCAGCUAUGAUUUCAGGGUAUUCACAAAGUGGGCACAGCUAUGAAGCUCUGCGUUUGUUUGUACAAAUGGAGAGAGAGGGAGGUAGACUGAAUCGGUCUUCGUUUUCAUCUGCUCUAAGCACAUGUGCAGACGUUGUUGCUCUCGAGCUCGGGAAGCAAUUGCAUGGGCGACUGGUCAAAGGUGGGUAUGAGACUGGGUGCUUUGUUGGAAAUGCGCUUUUGUUGAUGUAUUGCAAAUGUGGAAGCAUAGAAGAAGCUAAUGACUUGUUUAAGGAAAUGAAUGGGAAGGACAUUGUCUCUUGGAACACAUUGAUUGCAGGUUAUUCAAGGCACGGGUUCGGAGAAGAGGCUUUAAGGUUCUUUGAGUCGAUGAAGAGAGAAGGACUGAAGCCAGAUGAUGCUACUUUGGUUGCGGUAUUAUCUGCGUGCAGUCACACAGGACUUGUUGACAAAGGCAGGCAAUAUUUCUAUACGAUGACUCAAGACUAUGGUGUAACGCCUAACUCACAACACUAUGCUUGCAUGGUUGAUCUUCUCGGUCGAGCUGGGCUUCUAGACGAAGCUCACAAUCUAAUGAAGAAAAUGCCCUUUGAACCAGACGCUGCUAUUUGGGGAACUUUACUUGGUGCAAGCAGAGUCCAUGGAAACACAGAUCUAGCUGAAACAGCUGCAGAUAAGAUUUUUGCUAUGGAGCCUGAAAAUUCUGGUAUGUAUGUUCUUCUCUCUAAUAUAUAUGCUUCUUCGGGUCGAUGGGGAGAUGUAGGUAAACUACGAGUGAAAAUGCGGGAUAAAGGGGUAAAGAAAGUUCCAGGGUACAGUUGGAUUGAGAUUCAGAACAAAACUCAUACUUUCUCGGUUGCAGAUGAGUUUCAUCCUGAGAAAGACAAGAUAUAUGCGUUUUUGGAGGAUCUGGAGUUGAGAAUAAAGAAAGCAGGGUAUGUUUCAAAGACGAGUGUGGUUCUUCAUGAUGUGGAAGAAGAAGAGAAAGAGCGUAUGGUUCGGUACCAUAGCGAGAGACUGGCUGUAGCGUAUGGAAUAAUGCAUGUGCCUUCAGGGAGACCGAUCCGUGUGAUUAAGAAUCUGCGUGUGUGUGAGGACUGUCACAAUGCCAUCAAGUAUAUGGCUAAAAUUACAGGGAGAUUAAUUAUUUUGAGGGAUAAUAACAGAUUUCACCAUUUUAAGGAUGGUUCAUGUUCUUGUGGAGACUACUGGUGAAGUGAUGGUGAUUCCAUUUCAUCUUGAUUCAGUAUAACUAUUGACCAAUUAGAAAGGGAAAUGGAUUCUGUCUUCGUUUGGCAACAGGUGAAGGGAAGUGUUGUGCAUUGAUGUGUCAUGCCUGAUUUCACCAUUGAUGUAAGCAAAUUGAGGAUUCUCAAUCUUGUAUUAUUCGUGUCUAACUGGGUGUUUUCGCUGCUUGACAGUUGACAUAGUCUCUAGUGCGUGCUAUGGCAUGCUGCACCAUGUUCCACAAGUGUACCUUGGACCCUUUCUGUUAAUCUCGCAUCUCGACUUGCCAACUUCUGCUGAAAAGGUAAACAAAUUACGAAAAGAAUCAUCAGCCUUAACAGUGUGCUUGACCAACAUCCCAAAAUUUAACCUCGCUAACACUCGUAGAUUUUAGACAUCCCAAAUUCUGGCUAAGGGUGCUGGCUAACUUAAUAGUACAUGAAUCUGUUGGUGGUUGCCUCAACAAAAUGUUAAUGGCGCUAUUUCCUCCUCCCAAGUUGUAUCAGGCUGAAACAAUUUUGAUAGGGUAGAAAUUCGAAACAUAGCUCAAAGACAGUGCACUCACAACUCCAACAUUGCGAGGCUGCUCUUAUCCAUAACAGGUUUUUGGCUGUUGCAUUGCUAUCUUAAUCUCACACUCACUGAACCUGAAAAUUACAACAGUUCUGAAAGAAGUUGUGCAGAUUUUGAAAUCACUUGAGAUUCAUUAGGCACAUUGCGAGUUCUUAUAGCAAUUUUGGUAAAUCUGUGUGGAAUGAAAGGUAUAACUUUGUCUACUAGUCAUCAUAGUCUUCUUCUUCUGCUUCAAUAGGACUUUUUACUUAA